AACAAACCCCUUUCGUCCCUCAGGAGUUCGGCCGACGAAAAGGAGCGAAAUUUUUCAAAAAAAAAAAAAAAAAAGAGGAAAAAGAAAAAAGAAUAAAGAAAAAAAGAGCUCAGGAUCUAAAGAAUGGAAUUCUCUCCGGCUUCGCCCCCGCGGAUCUUCUGGAACUCUCGCAAGCGAUCAGCUGCUGGCCGGAGCUUAGAUAAUGCAAUGAAAGGGGGCAGCUUGGAUAAUGCAGUGAAGGAGGGGAGUUUAAAUGAUGUAGCAAAGGAGGGAAGCUUGGAUAAUACAAUGAAGGAAGAGAGCCUUAAAGUGCCCUCUAAUGAUACAACUAUGAAAGAUGCUGAAGGCGAUGAAACAAAAGAGGACCCAAAAUCAGGUAUUUCUGAGCGCCGUAAAGCCCUCUUCGAACCCUUGGAGCCCAUUAAGAUCGGGUCUCUCCGUACACCGGCUGAAAUCCUUCUGCCCCCACCGGACUUUGACCCCACGUCCUACCCCAAGGGUUGGCUGCUUGGGAAAAGGAGGAAACUAGUAAAUGUUGAUGUUGUUGAGAGCAUGCGUCGAAUUGCUGUCCAGGAGAUGAACAGAAAGGAUAGAGAAAUCAAUGGCCUCAACGAGCAGUUGGAGGAGGAUGCAAAGUGCCUGGAGCACCUACAAGUCCAGCUCUUGCGAGAGCGAAGCAAGCGGGCAGAGGUAGAGAGAGAGAACUCAGUGCUCCAAGAUCAAAUAACAAUGCUGAUGAACAUGCUAGAUGAGACUCAAGGAGUCGAAGAAGAUGAAGAAACUCGAAGAGAUACUUGAUUCCCUCCCAAUCCUUUCAUCCUUUUAUUGUGGUAUGUGUCUAUAAUAGUAACCGAAGUUAUUCUUGUGUAUAUUAGUUAUAUACAUCUCUCAUCUUUGUUAGUAUCAUCAGUGCAUAUCUUCAUUCUAUCGAGUGCUACAGUACUAUGAACAUGUAUUUGUUCUUCAUGUAUGGGGACAUUGUAAGCAAAUCAAAUUAUAUGGUAAUAUAUGUUCUUGUUUUGUAAGUUUA